AUGUUGUCGCCGCAGUCGCCCAGGGGGGACGGCCCUCCGCACAUACGGUUGAACUCUGGCACGCAAGACGCCUUCGCAAACCCGUCGCCUGCAGUCCGGCCAAGCACCUCCCGCCAGAACUCCUCACGCUCAUUAACAGCGCCCGUCCGCCCGGGCACCGCGCCCGCGAGUCCUGGCCUUCGGUCCCCGCCUUCGGUGCCCUCGCUGUAUCGCAACAACGCAGUCGCACAGGAGUCGGCAGAGCACUUGCUGCCGCCGAACAAGUCACGAGUACGCGGCUACCGGGACGAGUCGCCUCUGCGGUCGCCGUCUGCGCUGUCACGGCGGACAAGCUGGGGUUCAGAAUCAGUGGGGAGCCGUGACUCCAAGAUAGGUCCGUUUGCCUCCCCCUUCGACGACUCGAGAGCGCCGUCACGCGCGGGAAGCGACGAAGACCUCAACACGCAGACUGUCUCGGAGAAGUACAACAUUCUGCCAUCGGCCGGCCUGCUGCUGUUCCCCGAGGAUGUGGAGAAGGACGACUGGUUACACAACCCCGAUCCGAACGAGAAGGAGAAGCGGGAAUGCGACAUUUUCACAAGAAGAGGCAUAGUCAAUGUGGGCGCUCUGGUGCUCCUCACCUUAGGGAUACUCGUAUUGUUCAUUGGCUAUCCCGUACUGACCUUCGUUCACGUCAUUACUCAGCCUGAACAGACGCCCUGCACGAACAACCCGCUAUGCAUAGAAGGCAAGGAGAACGAGCCGCUGUUGAAGAACAUACGUACAGGUCUCAUUGAUCCCGACACGCCUGACAGCGCUAUGACUCGGAAAUCGCACGACGGUACGAAGCAAGUCCUGGUAUUCUCAGACGAAUUCAAUACCGAAGGGCGCACGUUCUACGAUGGCGACGACCCUUUCUUCCAGGCCGUCGACAUUUGGUACGGCGCUACGCAAGAUUUAGAGUGGUAUGAUCCAGACGCAGCAUCUACCGGAAACGGAACGCUUAACCUCAAGUUUGACCUCUUCAAGAACCACGGUCUCAACUACCGAUCAGGCAUGGUCCAGUCGUGGAACAAGAUGUGUUACAAGGGCGGCCAUCUGGAGGCUAGUAUUUCGCUUGCUGGCAGCGGCGAGGUGUCUGGUUUCUGGCCUGGUUUCUGGACCAUGGGCAAUCUUGCUCGUCCUGGUUAUCUCGGAUCCACCGAAGGGCUAUGGCCUUACAGCUACCAUAACGAGUGCGAUGUUGGAAUCACUCCAAAUCAAAGCUCGACCGAUGGCAUCAGCUACCUGCCUGGAAUGCGAUUACCUGCAUGUACAUGCAAAGGCGAAGACCACCCCAGCCCCGGCAAGUCGCGCAGUGCACCCGAAAUCGAUGCCUUGGAAGGCUCCGUCAUCUACCUGGGUCCGGGGCAAACAAAUCCCGUCGGCUCCGUCUCUCAAUCCUUCCAAGUGGCUCCUUUCGACAUCUGGUAUCAGCCAGACUACGAUUUCGUCGAGCUUUAUGACCAGCGAAUCACCGAAAUGAACGCUUACAAGGGUGGCCCCUUCCAGCAAGCCUUCUCAGGGCUGUCAAAUCUGAAUAACGACUGGUACGAUGGCAAAGCAUACCAGAAAUAUGCAUUCGAAUACAAGACGGGCGAUGAUGGGUUCAUCACUUGGUAUGUCGGCGACGCACCCACAUGGACCAUGUACGCCGAUUCCAUCGGACCGAACGGAAACAUUGGCAAGCGCGUGAUUCCCGAGGAGCCUAUGGCUGUCAUCGCCAAUUUGGGCAUGUCGAACAGCUUCGCCGCUAUCAAUCUUGAGGAGAUCGCCAAGCAGCUACCAGCUACUAUGCGAGUCGACUAUAUCCGCAUCUAUCAGGAUGAAGGCAGCGAGCAGAUCACCUGCGAUCCUGAGGGUUAUCCUACCACCGAGUACAUCAGGAAACAUCCUGAGCCAUACAACAACCCCAAUUUGACAGAUUGGAAAGGAACCGGUUUCGAUUGGCCGAAGAACACGUUCAUGGAUGGCUGUAGUUGA